AUGAAUCGGCACCCCCUAGGAACAACAAUCAGGAUACUACAAAUCAACAUGCACAAAUCUCACGAUGCGCACCUAGACCUACUUAACAACAACUUACGAAAAAACUGGGAUGUUAUCGUCCUACAGGAGCCCUGCCUAAAUAAACUAGGACUAACGAGAGCCAGCAGCCACUGGCAGGUAGCAUACCCCACACCACCCACGGGAAGCUGA